AUGGUUUCAAUUGGUAUCAUCGGUGCUGGACCUGCCGGUAUCGCUGCUGCUAGAGUUCUGAUUGCAAAUGAUAGAUCGUAUGAUAUAGAUCUGUUCGAAACUAGUUCCAAAAUCGGCGGUGUUUGGAACUACGACCCCCAAUCUAAUAAUACUGCAAUGUACGAUGUGCUAGAAACCAAUUUAUCCAGCCAUCUAAUGGCUUUUAAAGAUUACCCAUUUACUAAUAUCGAUCCGAAUAUUAAGACAUUCCCUGGAAGAGAACAAGUUCAACAGUAUUUGGAAUCCUAUUACGAUUCAACGGUUGCCAAUUACUCAAAAUUGGGACUUUUCACCGAAAAGAGGGUCAUUUCAUUGGAGAAAGUGGACUCACAUUGGGAACUGAAAGCUGAUUCCGAUGAUUCUACUUACAUUUACGAUUACAUCGUGGUAGCUAAUGGCCAUUUCAACAAACCGUUCAUUCCAACAGUACCUGGAUCAUACCAAUGGAAAAACCAGUCUCAUUCCAAGAAUUUCGUCAACUCUGAACACUACAGGGGACUAAACGUAGUUGUAGUAGGUAACGCAAGUUCAGCGACCGACAUCGCGACCCAGAUCAGUACCACUGCCUCGAAAGUUUACCAUAGUGUGAAACCAGAUUCCGAAACCAAUUGGCCAGCAAAUAGCAUCAUUGAAGUCGUAUCACAGAUCCAAUCCUUAGAUGAACCCAAUUCGAACACAGUUCAUUUCAUAGACGGCACUUCGAUUCAGAAUGUAGAUCACAUCAUAUGGGCGACAGGAUUCCAAUACGGUGUCCCGUUCCUUAAAUCGUAUCAUUCAGAUUUGUUUCGAAAUCAAUCGAACCGUUUGUACAACUUAUGGGAACAAAUAGUAUACAAACCGGACCCAACAAUAUUCUUCUCACUCCUACCAAAAAACAUCAUCCCAUUCCAAUUGGCUGAGUUGCAAGCCUCUAUCAUCGAUCUUGUCAUCCUGGGAUCAAUCACUAAGUCAGAUAUGGUUGACGCUGACAACGAGAGUAUCACUUCCUCUGAUUAUCACUCUUUACCAACACCAAAGGAUAUAGAAUAUUAUCAGCAUUUAGGAUCAAUUGUAGCCAGACAUGGACCAGAUUCCAAGUUCAAGCCACUAACAUGGACCGAUUCCUUAGUUCAAGAACGAAUUUCGUCAUCGAAAGUGAAAGCAGAACGACAGAAACUACUAGUUCAAUGGGCAAUACACCAAAAUUUACAAAACAAGCCUUACAGUAUCCCACCAGAUGAUUUCACCGGUUGA